CUGUGACACUCGGCCGGGCAUAUAAAGCGCGUUCGAUCAGCUGUUGAUCAGCUGCUGCGAGAAGCCGGCCGGUGAAAUCAUAUCCCAAGAACGCUAGUGGCAAUCGUGUAGGCACUAAUAUGGGAGAUCUUGACAUCGACAACAACUUAGGAUCCGAUCCAGCAUCAGACAUCAUUCAAGAUAUCAUAUCAGGGGCAAGACGACUCAAGAUUGUAUGCGAGACCCUGGAGGCGGGUUUGUUUGAUGAGAUCGAGACAUUCAGAGGCCCUGUCUCCAGUGCAGAUGUCGCCACAAAGUGUCACUUUAGCCUUGACGUCACUGAGAGACUGUUUAACACUUUGGUGUGCCUGAAGCUGCUGGAGAAGAUUACAUCUACGGACGGUGCUGUCGGGUAUAAGAACUCCACGGCGACAACGAGGUACCUGCUAUGUUCCAAGCGGCCUAGCAUGAUCGCCUGUUGUCUGAGCGAAGCCGCUAUGGUCCUACCGGCGCUAGAUAAUCUGGCUGCUGUCCUCAGAGGAGGGACAUCCGAGACUAUUGCCCAGCAGGUGGUGAAAGGGGAACAGAAUAACAACACGAAAGGGAGCGACAAUGCCAACGCCAACCCGCCCAACACAGCGAACACCAACCCGCCAAGCACCAUGAUCACCAACAACGACAAACAAAUGAUGUUCAUGUUAGCAAUGGAGGGCAUGGCGGCCUCUUGUGCUCCCGCCAUUGCACGAGCAUUUGACCUGAGUGGAAAUAAAACAGCAGCAGACCUUGGUGGAGCGUCAGGGUGCAUCGCUUUCGAGCUCUCGCGGACCUACCCAAACAUGUGUCUCACAGUGUUCGAAUUGCCGCAUGUGGCCAAGCUAGCCAAGAAGCUUCAGCCUGAGGACACUAGGAACAAAGUACAGAUAGUGGGAGGUGAUUUCUUCAAGGACAGUCUUCCCCCGGCAGAUCUCUACAUCAUAGCUCACGUAAUUCAUAACUGGGAUAUUGAGAAGACUGACAUCCUUCUUUCCAAGGUGUACCGCGGUCUUCCGCCAGGGGGAAGCUUACUCCUGCUGGAAAAGACGCUGAACGAGGAUAAAGAUGGACCAUGGUCGUGUAUCAGCAUGGAUCUAGUGAUGGCUAUGAUCUCAAAGGGACGGGAGAGAACUCCGUCAGAAUAUCAGAAGUUGCUCAAGAAGCACGGAUUUUCAAAUACUCAGUUUAAGUCAAUAGAAGGGUGCAAUUACUAUGAUGCUAUUCUCGCAAAGAAACCAUUUUAGGUAUGCAGUAGAGCAUGUGAUUCGAUUGGUUUCUUCCAUGAAGACCGAAGGUGCAGCAGAUGUUCUUAGUGAUGUUCACUUGCCAUUUGCUGAUCAGUUGUCGAAAGCAAUGUCAUGAAACAUUAAAAAUUGUAUUUAUUGCCUUGCAGCAUUUAGUUGGUUAAUAUGUUUCCUCUUCGUCGCUUAUUGCCUACCGUCCACUGAGGCACACGAUAGAAGCCUGGACACCCUGCUUUCGGGACGAGCACUGUGACAAACGUACAGAUGUGUACAAAGAACAUAGUACCGGUCAGUUGAAAGGGGUCCACUGGUAAAUCUGUCCCUCUGUUACUUAAUUUAUAGAAAUGGUGUCUUUUCAUUGUCUUUUCAUUGUCUGUUCAAGUCUAACCUCAUGACAAGAACAAACUUUUGGGCGACUGGGGGCAAACUAUUUUGGUCCGCAUACAUUUUGAAGUUUUUAUCAGAUCUGUACCAUAUUUACAACUCGUCAUAUCGUCAUGUAUUUUAUACUUUUAUAUCACAUUUUGUAACCUGUUGUAAGAAAUAAAGUGUUAUGUACGUAA